CUCACAUCUCUUGUCUGGGAGGAGGUGGGGUGAGAAGGAAGGGGGGGGAGAGUCCUGCCUCUUUGCCUUCCUCAGAUCAAUGCCCUGGCCACUCACUUUCUGAUGUUGCACGACGGGAAAUGCUUUGAAUACUUGCGACAUGGCUGCGCGCAUUGAUUGCCAAGAUUGACAGCAUCUCCAGCUCCUGUAGUCUUCUCUUGUCCGAGUGCGCGAGGGGAGGGAGAUAAAGAGCAGAUAGGCAAACAAAAGAGAGAGAGAAAAAAGGUUCUCGUAGUUUUCUUCUUUUUUUCUUUUGGACAACCGAACUUCGCCGAGUCUCUUGGAUCCCACGCCACCAGCAGCGCCACUUUUCCUGUACAUGGCCCCGUGUGCGCCGAGUCAAGUUUUCGCUCAACAGAUAGCAGCUCGCUGAUCCUUGUGAACUCCUGCGUUCGCUGCGCACAAGGGAAAAGGACGCGCAGUUUCUCUCCUCCGCGGCUCUCAUCGUCAAGGUUUUUUACAUGAGUUCAAAGCCAACCAACCAGUGAUUGCUGGAAGCUGGGGAUUGAGUCUUUCAGUUUUUAACCCCACUCGCUGACAUGGAGGGCUUUCUUCGUAGCAGCUUUUUACUGAGCAGAGUCAUGUCUUCUAAGCAAGCCACAUCUCCUUUUGCCUCCGUGGUUGACGGCGACGAUGCUUUGAGUCAGGAGCACCUAUCCUGGGAGAAAGAGGAAAGCGCAGAUGCACACGGCACACCUCAGCUGCCCCUGCACAGUUUGCUUCACGGCAAAGCCGCUGACGAAAUGCAGCCGCUGAGCAGUGUGCCGCCGGAGAGUGACUGGGACAGCCUGGUGUCGGCUCAGCAGCGCAUGGAACCUGACAGCAAUAAAGUAUGUUCCCUGUACUCCUUCCGGAACAAUUCGACUUCUCCACACAAACCGGAGGAGGGGGCCCGGGAGCGAAGUGACCUGCUGAGUGGAUCAGCGUUCGGGACUCCGGAGCGCCGCAAAGGAAGCCUGGCAGACGUUGUGGACUCGCUGAAGCAGAAGAAGCUGGAGGAGAUGACAAAGACAGAGCAAGACGAAUCAUCAUGCAUGGAGAAGCUUCUUUCUAAAGACUGGAAAGAGAAGAUGGAGAGGCUCAACACCAGUGAGCUGCUGGCAGAGGUUAAAGGAACCCCAGAGGGUCUGGCAGAAAAGGAACACCAGCUCUCCACGAUGAUCUCCCAGCUGAUCAGCCUGCGAGAGCAGCUCCUGGCUGCCCACGAUGAGCAGAAGAAGCUCGCUGCUUCACAGAUGGAAAAACAGAGGCAGCAAAUGGAGUUGGCUCGACAGCAGCAGGAGCAGAUUGCACGACAACAACAGCAGCUUCUGCAGCAGCAGCACAAAAUCAACCUCCUUCAGCAGCAGAUCCAGCAGGUCCAGGGUCACAUGCCUCCGCUCAUGAUCCCCAUCUUUCCACACGACCAGCGCACUCUAGCAGCAGCAGCUGCCGCCCAGCAAGGCUUCCUCUUCCCUCCUGGAAUGUCUUAUAAGCCAGGUGAUAACUACCCAGUACAGUUCAUUCCAUCCACAAUGGCAGCUGCAGCGGCGUCAGGACUCAGCCCCCUCCAGCUCCAGCAACUGUACGCUGCCCAGCUUGCCAGCAUGCAGGUGUCUCCCGGAGCCAAGAUGCCUCCGCUGCCGCAGCCCCUCAACGCCAGCGGGCCCAUCUCUCCCUCAUCUCUAAAGAAUGACAAGAGUUCUUCAAGCCCCAUCGCUCAAGUAAAGGAGGAGGGAACGCAACCCCUCAACCUGUCUGCUCGGCCAAAGACGACAGAAAUGGUCAAAUCUCCCGCAUCCCCAAAAUCCAACCUGUUCCCAGGCAGUAAAAGCAGCCCUAACAGCCUGGUUGGCAGAGGCAGCAUCCCCAGCCCACUUGGAGGAGGCCUUGGCCGGGACAUUCUGUCCACCCUAAACUCCACCGCGUUGUUUGGGGACCAGGACACGGUGAUGAAGGCGAUCCAGGAAGCUCGGAAGAUGAGGGAGCAGAUCCAGCGGGAGCAGCUGCAACAUCACCAGCAGGGCCUAGAUGCAAAGCUGUCCGCCCUCAGUUCAGUGGGCCUUAACCACUGUAGAGUUGACAAGGAGAGGAUGCAUUUUGACAGCAUCGGGCACCACCUCGGUAAACUAGGAGAGGAAGGAAAGAUCGGCCACAGAGUGAUUGACCUCACCAGGCCUGAGGAUCUAGAUGGAGGCGCUGGAUCUACCGAGGCGCGGGUCUUCAGGGAGUCCCGAGGACGGAACAACAACGAGCCCCACAUUAAACGGCCGAUGAACGCGUUCAUGGUGUGGGCCAAAGACGAGCGCCGCAAGAUCCUCCAGGCUUUCCCUGAUAUGCACAACUCCAACAUAAGCAAGAUUUUGGGUUCUCGGUGGAAGGCUAUGUCUAACCAGGACAAGCAGCCGUACUACGAGGAGCAGGCCCGUCUGAGUAAGCUCCAUCUAGAGAAGUACCCAAACUACAAGUACAAGCCACGGCCUAAGAGGACCUGCAUUAUCGACGGCAAAAAGCUUCGCAUUGGAGAGUACAAGCAGAUGAUGCGCUCACGGCGACAAGAGAUGAGACAGUUCUUCACUGUGGGCCAACCGCCUCAGAUCCCCAUCACCACCAGCGCCAGUAUGGUCUAUCCGGGGGGGCUCGCCAUGGCGAACACCACGCCUUCGCCUCAGAUGACGUCAGAGUGCUCCAGCGCCUCGGUGAGCCCUGAGCCGUCCAUUCCCGUCAUCCAGAGCACUUACAACAUGAAGCUGGAGCCCAGCGCCAUGGCGAACAACAGCGAGCCGGUCAACGGCGAGGACGAGAUGGACAUGUACGAAGACUUCGAGGACGAGCCCAAAUCAGACUAUAGCAGUGAGAACGACACACAGGAGCCAGUCAGUGCCAACUGAGACCCGUUUUACUGACGCAGAGACAGCGUUCGCGCAGGAGGAGGCCCAAAGGGCUCGUUCCGAUCGGAAGGGAGGGGAAGGAGCAAGGAGGACGAGAAAAAAAAAAACUUCACCGCAUGGGUUGGAGAAACCUUCUGAAAGAAAAAUAAUAAUGUACCAUGUGGAAGCCUGCAUGCAGCUGCGGCUUCAUCAGUCGAAAGCUAUUUGGUCUUAAUUAUUUCUUUAAGUUUGUGAAAUUGUUUGUUUUGUGGUAAUUUAUAAUUUUAUUAUUUUUUAUUUCAUUGUCUGUCUAGUUUUUUUUUUUUUUUUUUGUUUUUUCAUUAAUGAUCAUAGACAGUUACACAGCUAGUUUGUUGCCUAAAGCAAAAGACAGAACUUGAAGCUAAACAUUUGGUAUGAAACUAUAAUACUUAAAGUCACGUUGUUUUCAGCUAUUGUUGUAUGAUUUUUACGUCACCUAACUGUUCAAGAUGGGGGAAAAAAAAUGAUCUCACUCAGGUAUAGUGUGCCAGCCAACAGCUUGUGAAUGUUUUAACCAAGAGAAAAAAAUAAGAUCAAAACACAAAUAUGGAGGGAUUCCAGUUUAGUCACAUUAUUAUUGUUGUUAUUAUUAAUAAUAAUGGCGAUAGUAAUAAUAAUCAUAAUAUUAUCCAUUUGUCUUUGCUGCAUAAUUCAGUGUGGUAGUGCCAAACAUUUCAUGUUUUUUUUUUUUUUCCAUGAGAGGCUUUGAAGACAAUCUCUUCAUCUCUUAAUGCAGCUUCGUGAUACAGACUUUCUUCACUCUACUGGAAGAGAAGAAACGAAACUCAGGAACUUGGAGGCAUCAAGUUCUGUAGAACGCGACAGGUUACACCUGUGCGUGGACGUUAUGGUAGCUGAACUCCACAGAGAUCAAUGCAGUGGCUAUCAGUGGCCCUUUUAUACUCGCCCCCAGUCCAAACAGAACAUUGGAGAAUCCUUCAGUUUUUGCAGCUCCGCAAACUCUUUCUGAAUCACCAGGAUCUUAAUCAGCGAUUGUAAUCAGGCCAGAAUGCUAAAGGGCCAAAGGCCCCCAAUCUGCAGGAUUGGAACAGAAGUGAAAGGCAGCUUUGGUGGCAUUACAAUCUUAAGUUGAUGUUGUACAAUGUGUGGUUGCAAAGCUACAGUACGUUCUGUUAAACACUUUAGCCCCAUUUGGAUGGCAUGUUCAAAGUCUUAGGUCUUAAAAUGUAAUUUUUUCAGACAUUGUAAAUCUUAAACGGACACUAAGAAGUCUUAAAGCAGGGCGGUUAUCUUGUUGAUGCGGUGGAAUGAUUGCUAAAAUCGUACUGAGAGGAGUGACAGAUUGCCAGGAAGCUCCUCAACAAAGAGAAGAGCCUGCUGGCUCGUUUGGUUUCCCGCUUCCUGCAUCUCACAAAGGUGACUUCAUUUCUUGUUUUUUUAUGCACUUAAAUACAACCUCUGCCAUCUUUGAACCUUGUCAUAAAAAUCAUAAAAUCUUAGGCGUAACAAAGAACCCAGACACAUGCGUUGCCAUCAACAACAUCUCUGUGAAGAAGCUUCGAUAAUACGAGGUGAACUGAAUUGAAACUAAAUUCAGCAAACCCUCCGGCUGCCCUACGUAGAAGACAUUUAGGGUUCUGCUGCUUGAUGCUACGGCUCAGCCUGCAGAGCAGAAGGUCUAAGUGGCUCUCCUCUCAGCGACGCGCGUUUCUGACCCCAGUCCUUAGCAAUCUCAACACUCAGGGGGCGCCAUCUGGCUCGGAGAAGGCGAAAGCAGCAGGAAGGAGUGGGGAAAAAAUAAAAAAAACUGGGUGUGUGUCCCUCAUUGUGCUCUCCAUCAAAGUGCUGUAAGUAAGGCCUCAACAGGGCUUCCGCCGCGGCCCAAUCACCAGGCGCUGGCGAGCAGAUGGAACAAGUACAUCAAGCUGUGGGGGAUUAUUAAAAUGACUGACGAGUGGGUAUCGUCUGAAAUGCAGCAUUAUUAAUGCAUGAGUCCAGUUAUUCCCCUCCCUUGCCCUUGAACCUGUCCGUUUCAGAGAGGGCGCGGAGCUUUGUGAAGGAGCUGAAUAGCCGGUCACUGACUUUAAGUGGUCAAGAUCCCCACUGCUGGUCACUGCAUUUUUCUCCUGCCUCUAAUUGGUACAGAAGGCUCUGCCUUGCUCUUUAGCACUUCUUAUUUGCAUUACCUAAACUUUUGCAAACAUUCGUACAUAAUUUAUGUGUGUUUCAUGAAUCAAUUUUCUUUGUUCCUAGUUUAUCGUUUUUAUUGCAUCACAUUUAUUCAGUACUCUUUUUCAUUUUUUAAACGCCGAAGCAAUCAACGGUUGCUCCCCUACAAGUCAAACCUUCUCCCUCCAAGUCAACCAGUUUGGUAUUUUUAAGGUGUUUCCUCCCGUUUGCUGGUGGUUAGACUGAUUUGUAUGUGACUGUAAAUAAUUUUAUGACCCUGCCAAGCUGCUUCAGUUGGCUGGCGUUCGGACUCUUUGAGAAUUGACACUUGACUGUGCUUAUACGGCAAAAACACACACAAAAAAAAAGGCAAAAAGGAAGAAAAAAAAAGGACAACACAGGCUCACAAAGAGACAAUGUGUUAUAAGCACUGGAUAUAAAUCAUGUUUUUUUUUAGCAGUUCUGAUUAAUGUGAAGCUGUUUGACGAAGAACACCAUGGAUGAACAGGAUUCCCCCGGCCUGACUCAAGCGGGUUUGUUGUCACACUUGCCAGAUUUGGGUCCUUUCUAUGUUAUGUUUGUCUUUGUUUUUUUUUUUGUUUUUUUUGUCUCCUUAUUUUGUGUAUUUAUGCAAAGACACGUGCGAUGAAUGAACAAUUUGUUUAGGCUUCACGGCUCGUUUUGGGAAAAGAAUCAGCACAAGAAAUGUGAGCAGAGCAUUGGACAGCAGGCUCGGAGAGCUGUGAAACAACAGACGUCAGCGCCUUGCAUAUGAUGCCUGAUACCGCAGUGUAUCAGCAUACUGUAUUUAUUACUAGCCUCAGCUGGCUCUAAAAUUGACAGUAAAACAACAAAACCGAGGACAAUCACAAAAAGAAGUUAUAAUUGGAGAUGAAAAGUAUUUCAAGUGAAUUCCCCAUCUCAUCAAGACUUUACUGUAAAUAUGAGCAAUCAAUAUAUUUUUGUUGAUUAGUAUAAGUUAUGUAUUUGGCUGUUUUAUUUCCUAUUUUAUGCUAUUCGUUCUAACAGCUGACAAGAGGCUGUACUUCAUGUGGAUGCUGAACUCUUCUUCUAAUUGGAAAUUUGGUCCCAACAGAUUAAGAAUGACAAGAUUUUUUGAUCUAUUCAAAGCACCUAUACGAGCUUACCAUAUCAGACUUAUAAGGAAAAAUGGUACCAAGUCAAAGAAGCACUUAAUGUAUAGUAAUUAUUCAUCCAUUUGUUUCCAAUCAUGAAAAAGUGUCUGAUACAAUCUCAUCUUGAUGCUGUAUAUCCUCACUGUUUUUUUUUUUUCGUUUUUUUUUUUUGCUCAUUGUAUCAAUUAGCCAUUCGUUUCAGUGAGAAAUAUCUGAAAAUAUCUGCACGCAUCGGGCUUGCAUUGACAUCACUAUAAAACAUUAUGUACCUUUGUUAUCGUUUCAAAAAGCAGUUUUAAACACAAGAGAUAUUCUUUUUGUUAGUUUGGGAGUGCGCAAGUAUUUAUUUCUUCCAAUGCGGAGACGACGUGCAUCGGCGUCUUUGCGCUACGCUACCGGUUUUUAAUUGAACGUGUCGCCGACGAUCCAGGAUGUGGAAACGUAGCCCUCACAAAUUGGUCUCCAUUUUUCUUCCUGUAAGACAUGCAAAAUGGUUUUGGAUUAACUGAAGACAAAGGAUUCUAUGCUGGUUGAAUAUUACUGUAAUUUGAUUUCUUGAUUUUUUAUUUUUUUGUUUGUUUUGUUUUGUUUUUCUUUCUCGUUUGUCUGAACGUUGUGAUAUAAAUGGUGGGAAUGUUCUCUGUGUUAAUUUAAUCAGCACAAUUCACUGACAUGCUGGACUGACAUGCUAGCUGCUGUUCAGAAAGUGUAAAAAAAAAAAAAAAAGAAAAAAAAAAGUACCAUCUGGGGCAACAUUUUAAGCUGCCCUUGGUACUCUGCUUUUAAGAGUUGUUUUUUCAAGCAACACUGUGUGGGGCUCUUCUAUGACUGGAGCCGCUGUUUCGAAAAAUUGCAGGCAGCCUGAAAUGAUUUUCUGCGUAGAGUCCUUUUGAUGAUUUCCUCUCCCUGCAGGUACCUAUAAGCCCAUGGCAAGUAUUGUUUGGGUGUCAUUAGAGAACAGGAAAUACAUAGUGUCUGUUGCUGCUUUAAAAAAAAAAAAAAGUUUAUGUCUGAAUAUGUAAAUAGUUUAUCAUAAUAUCUUGUACAGUCCAAUGUAAAGUUUUUAAUUCAACUUAAAAACAAUGUUACCAUCACAUUUGUGUUCACAUUCUUCUUUAUACAGAACAAAAAAGGUCAAUUACUCUCAAGGGUGUAUUAUUGCUUGAACAAAAAAAGAAAAAAGAAGAAAAUGUUAGUUUUUAUGUUUGUUCUGUUUUGCUUGGCUUCAGUGUGUACACCAGCAUUCUUUGGUUUUUCAUGUGCAGUAUUGACGUGAGGUAAACUUAAGGUGAAUAAUUUUACAUCGGUGUGUGUGUGAGUGGAGAGCUGCGUCCUCAGCUUCGGUAGUAUUAAUACACUAUAAAGAGUGAAAACAAACCAAUAAUUGGCACACCGUGGUGCAUCUUGGCACCGUGCGAGUGUGUUUACUGUAAAUUAUUAAAUUAUGCCCACAGGAUCACUUUCAGACGUACUAUAAAAACAGCAUUUUUUUUUCCCGUAUGUGUCGGUCCAUUGUAUGAAUGCAGCAGCGGGCUGAAGAAACUGCUGGCUUUCGCUUAUUUACCUCAAGAAUUUCAUUGUUUUCUGUAAAAGACACAGACAUUGUGUUGCAGAGAGGUUCACACAUCACUCCAUCUUUUGUACUGCUGUUGACACUUACCGAUUAAAGAGACAUUUUGUUUUAAA